ACGCGACAAUCUGAGACCCACGGCACAGGCAGCACACGGGGCGGCAGAUCAGAAGGGAGAGUGUGCACGCCAUCCCAGGGAAAGGCAUCAUUGCUAGAGAUCCUCUCGUUAACACGGGCAGGACCAACCGAGGCCAGGAUUGGGGAUCGAACGGGAGAACGGGACUCAGUCCCCCCAGGAGGAGCGAGGAUGCGGGAGCUACGUGUAGAGGAUGCUCUCCUCUACCUCGACCAGGUCAAGAUCGAGUUCGGAGACAAGCCGGAGAUCUACAAUGAAUUCCUCGACAUCAUGAAGAACUUCAAGGCCAUGGCCAUCGACACCCCCGGAGUGAUUCGACGGGUUUCCAGUCUGUUCCGCGGUUACAACAAGCUCAUUCUCGGGUUCAACACCUUCCUGCCCGACGGUUACAAGAUCGAGCUCUCGGACAUUGAGGAAAUGAACCGCGAGCACGAGCGGCAGCUGGCCAUCAGCCGCGGCGAGAUCGCGCCGGACUCCGUGGACAACAACAGCGGCGGCGGCGGAACCAACGCUUCCGGCGGAGGUGGCGGAAGCGGAGGCGGUGCCUUCUCCUCCUCCUCUUCCGGGGGAAACAACAACAGCAGCAACAACAGCAGCAACAGCAAAGAGGGCGGCGGCGGUGGACCUUCCGGUUCGGGAAGUGGCGUCGGUGGCACUGCCGCGUCCAACCCCGCCCUCGUCCACGACAUGGUCGAAGCGCUCGCCGGAGGCGGUAGCCACACGAGCGGCGGCGGCGGGGGCGGCAUGGGUGGGGGCCCCGGGAGCGGAAACGGCCCCGGUGCGGGGGCGGGCGGCGGCGGCCAUGAUGGGACCUCCGGGAGUGGAGGAGGGGGCGCGGUAAUGACGGGAGGCGGCAACAUGCCGAUGGGAGGCGGCGGCGGCGGGCACGGAGGCGCGGUCGGGGUGGUUCCCCCCGGGCCAAAGGCUACUUCGGGCGGCGGCGGAGGCGGCGGCGGAGGGGGGGGAGGGGGGGGGCACGAGAGCGGGUUUGGGAUGCCCCAUCGAGCGAACGAGCCCCCGGCGGAGUUCGACCACGCCAUCACUUACGUCACCACGAUCAAGAAGCGCUUCAGCCACGAGCCGCAGACGUACAAGGCCUUCCUGGAGAUCUUGCACACCUACCAGAAAGAGCAGCGAGGCGCAGUGUCUUCCCUCUUCGCCGACCACCCUGACCUGCUGAGAGAGUUCACCUACUUCUUGCCAGACCCCGUCCAAGAGCAAGCCAGAGAGAGGCUCAACCGCGCCGCCAGGGAGAGCGAGAUGCGCAAGGCUAAGGCCGCUAAGGAAGCCGCUCAACACCGCGGCCACCCGGGUGUCCACCAAAACAGCAACAGCGCCCCCCACUCGGCCGCGGGAGGGGGCGGCGGCCAGCACCAGGGCCAGCACAGCGGGGGGGCUGUCUCUUAUNAA